UAAUCAUCAACAAAAAAAAAUCUUAUUAAAAAUUCAAAAAAAGAAGCAUAAGCGAUUCUGAGCCCCGACAAAAGCUUUUCAUCGUCAUUAUCUGAAUCAUUAUCAUCAGAAACAAAACAAACAGUAAAGCAAAGCAAACAAAAAAAAUCAUUCGAUCCUCUCUCUCUCCCAUCUCAUGGCUGGUAGCUACAAAGUCGACGAAGAGUACGAUUACCUCUUCAAGCUCGUCUUGAUCGGAGACUCCGGCGUCGGCAAAUCGAAUCUUCUCUCGAGAUUCACAAAGAACGAGUUCAACCUCGAAUCAAAGUCUACCAUCGGCGUUGAGUUCGCUACCAAGACACUCAGAGUCGACAGCAAAGUCGUCAAAGCUCAGAUCUGGGAUACUGCUGGUCAAGAGAGAUACCGAGCGAUCACAAGCGCUUACUACAGAGGAGCUGUAGGUGCGUUACUCGUCUAUGACGUGACAAGGCACUCUACGUUUGAGAACGCAGCGAGAUGGCUAAGGGAGCUACGAGGGCACACGGAUCCGAACAUUGUUGUGAUGCUUAUAGGUAACAAGUGCGAUCUGCGUCACUUGGUGGCGAUUAAAACAGAGGAAGCUAAAGCCUUUGCUGAGAGAGAGUCUCUCUAUUUCAUGGAGACGUCGGCGUUGGAUGCGACCAACGUUGAAAACGCCUUCACCGAAGUGUUGGCUCAGAUUCAUAAGAUAGUGAGCAAACGAAGCGUUGAUGGAACCAACAGAGAAGGAGAAGGAGGGUCUUCGUCUGGUUUGCCAAAGAAAGGAGAGACGAUUAAUGUUAAAGAAGACGGAUCGGUUCUUAAGAGAAUGGGUUGUUGCUCUAACUAGAGUGUGAUUGUAGAUUUGGUUUGGUCUUGGUUAGGGUGGCUCUUGCAAUAAAACAAAAAGAACUUUGGCCUGUAAGGGCUUUUAAAAUUGAACUUUGGCCUGUAAGGCCCAUGAGCCUGAGAAACAUACCAUAGAGAUUGAAGGUCUCUUAUCUGAA